AGCCAGGCCAGUGGCAUGGGGCCUCCCUGGAGCCAGGAGAGCUCUCCAGAAGAGGGGCUGCCCACUGAAUGGAGCAGAGAGUGGUCACUGACCAGGCGGGUGCUGUUGGCUGUCUUGCUUUUCAGCCUGCUCCUUGGUUCUUCUGUGCUUUGGGUUUACAUCUUCCGGAACUGUGGUCCUCGCCCCUGUGAGACACCCGUGUGUUUGGAUCUCCUGGCUCAAUACCAGGCCUCUGGGAAUACCAGUGAAGCCCCCUGCACUGACUUCUUCAGCUUUGCCUGUGAAAGGGCCAAAAGGAUCAGUAAUUCUUUUCAGGCUCUUUCAAAGGAGAACAAGAAACGCCUGAAGAGACUACUAGAGGAUCCAGAGUCCUGGCACCCAGGCUCUGGGGAGGAGAAAGCCUUCCAAUUCUAUCACUCCUGCAUGGACACAGAUGCCAUUGAAGCUGCAGGAGCUGGUCCCCUCAGACAAGUCAUUGAGGAGCUUGGAGGCUGGCACAUCUCUGGUAACUGGACUUCCUUUGACUUUAACCAAACUCUGAGACUUCUGAUGAGUCAGUAUGGUCACUUUCCAUUCUUCAAAGCCUACCUGCGACUUCAUCCUGCCUCUCCACACACGCCAGUCAUCCAGAUAGACCAGCCAGAGUUUGACAUUCCCUGCAAGCAAGAGCAGGAACAGAAGAUCUAUGCCCAGAUUGUGCGGGAAUACCUGACUUACCUCGAACGCCUGGGAAAUUUGCUGGGAGGAGACCCAAUCAAGGUGCAGCAACACGCGUCCUUGUCCAUCACCAUUACCUCACAGUUGUUCCAGUUUCUGAGUCCCCUGGAGCAGCGGGAGGCACGGGACAAGCUCUUCCAUAUGGUCACUAUUAACCAAUUGCAGGAAAUGGCACCUGCCAUCGACUGGUUGUCCUGCUUGCAAGCCACAUUCAUGCCGAUGUCCCUGAGCCCUUCUCAGCCCCUUGUGGUCCAAGACCUGGACUAUUUGAGAAAUAUGUCACAACUGAUAGAAAAAACACACAGGGAUAUUCUGCAGAGUCACAUGAUCUUGGGGCUGGUGGGGACCCUUUCUCCAGCCCUGGACAGUAAAUUCCGUGAGGCACGCAGGGAGCUGAGACAGAAACUGCGGGAGCUGACAGAGCGACCACCCUUGCCAGACCACCCACGAUGGACGAAAUGUGUGGAGGAAGCGGGCACUUUCUUCGAGCCCACCCUGGCGGCCCUGUUUGUGCGUGAGGUGUUCGGCCCUGGCAUCCGAAGCGCUGCCAUGGAGUUAUUCACUGAGAUCAAGGAUGCCCUUGUCACACGCCUCAGAAGACUCCCCUGGAUGAGGGAAGAGACCCGAAAAGAGGUCCAGAAUAGGAUCACCCAACUGCAGGUGACGAUGGGGGCCCCUGAAUGGGCCCUGAAGCGGGAGCUGGCCAGACAAGAAUACAGUGAUAUACAACUUGGACCCAACUUCCUGCAGUCUGUUCUGAGCUGUGUCCGAUCUCUCCGGGCUAGAAAUGUCUUGAACUUCUUGCAGCCUCUUCCUCGCCACAGAUGGCUGGUGUCCCCCUGGGGCGUCAAUGCUUACUAUUCAAUACCUGACCAUGAGGUGGUCUUCCCAGCGGGACUCCUCCAACCUCCAUUCUUCCACCCCGACUACCCUAGAGCCGUGAACUUUGGUGCUGCUGGAAGCAUCAUGGCCCAUGAGCUGUUGCACGUCUUCUACCAGCUGUUGCUCCCUGGGAGCUGCCCGGACUGUGACACCCGGGCCCUACAGGAGGCACUCCUGUGCCUGGAGCGCCAUUAUGCUGCUUUGCCGUUGCCCAGUGGAACCCCCUUCAGCGGCUCCAGCACUCUCCUGGAGAACGCCGCAGACGUGGGCGGGCUGGCCAUUGCGUUCCAGGCAUACAGCAAGAGCCUCUUACAGAACCGUGGGGAGACCAAGCUGCCCAACUUGGACCUCAACCCCCACCAGCUCUUCUUCAGAAGCUAUGCCCAGGUGAUGUGUAGGGAACCCAGCACUGAGCACUCCCAGGACACUCACAGCCCUCCCAGCCUUCGAGUCCACGGACCCCUCAGCAACACCCCAGACUUUGCCAGACAUUUCCGUUGUCCGCGUGGCACCCUCAUGAACCCCUCCAGCCACUGCCAGCUCUGGUAA